AUGACCGAUAAUUACAAAAUCCUAGAAUGCAUUGGACAUGGAAGCUUUGGCAGGAUAUACAAGGUUCAAAGGCUUUCUGACGGAGUACUUCUAGCUCAGAAAGAAAUUCCUUUUGGAAACAUCAGUAGGCAAGAGAAGCAGCACGUUGCAGAUGAAGUGAAUAUCCUUCGACAUCUGAAGCAUCCAAAUAUCGUUCAGUAUUGUGGCGAGGAUAUUAACAGACUUACUCAAGUAAUUAACAUUUAUAUGGAAUACUGUGAUCGUGGUGAUUUGGCAAAGCACAUUGAAAUUUAUAAAGAAGAGAAAAAGAGAUUUCCAGAGCAUCAAGUACUUCGCUUCUUUACCCAACUUUUACUCGCCUUGUACAGGUGUCAUUAUGGUAGAGAUGCUCCUGUUACGGAGAACCAAUGGAUGAACGAAAGCCAUAUUCCUAACCAGUAUGUCUUGCAUCGAGAUAUUAAGCCUGCCAAUGUGUUUCUUGAUGAAGACAAUUCGGUAAAGUUGGGAGAUUUCGGACUAUCGAAAUUACUGGACAAUACCCGUAUGUUUACACAGAGCUAUGUAGGAACCCCGUACUACAUGUCUCCGGAAAUUAUUAGAAAUAAUCCCUACAGUGCGAAAUCGGACAUAUGGGCGCUUGGAUGCGUUAUGUUUGAAGUAUGUAUGCUUGGCCAUCCAUUUGAAGGAAGAUCUUAUUUAGAGUUGCAAAAGAAUAUUUGCCAAGGAAAUCUUUCCCACUGGGAUGGUUAUUAUAGUGAUGAGCUUUAUCAACUAAUUCGGCAUUGUCUGGAAACUGACUGUGAUGUACGCCCGACGACAUUUCAGCUUUUAUCUUCACCAGCAUUAAUGGACAUUAGAAAGCAACUCGAGACGGAGCGUUUGAUGAAGGAUCAGUUCAAGCUUCUCCGAAAGAAGCAACAGUCCUUGAAUCUACGAGAAAACGAGAUUGCACUUCGAGAGCAACAGCUAGCAGCGCGUGAAAGCGAACUUGGCAACUACGUUGCGGCCAAUUUGGCGCAGCAAGAGGAAGCUCUGCGUCGCGAUAUGGAUAAACAACUAAGAGAGGUGGACAAUCGUUACCAACGAUAUGUGCAGCAAAUGGUUGGAUCUAUGCAGCAAAUGCAGAUAUCAAAUCCACAAAUGUACGGUGCAGCGGAAGCAGCCAAUGUAUCUACAAUGGAGAUGGUUAUGGACACGGCCAUUGAAACAACAGCGAUCCAUGAACCAAAACUAAGCCUGAGCCACGUAAUAUUUACAGAGGUAGCACCCUCAAAUAUGCCAAAGAAAGCAGUAGCACCGAUGCCGGAAGUACCUAGCUUGAAGAAGAAAGAUAUGUCAUCACGGGCGCUUCAUACGACAGCUACGCUUAUGAAGCAUGCAUACAAACCGCGAAGUCCUGUUGAAAAGAAGUCUGCGUCGCUUCAUGACCGACAUGACGUUAACCAUGUGGUAGAUUCGAUGGCGAAAUUACUGGAUAGUUCUUUGCAGUGCAAGAACAAAUCCGAAGAAAACACGAAUGAUGAUUUGCAUGAGAUUUUACGAAUGCGACGCAAAACAAGCAAAGGAAUUUUCGACGACGAACAGCCGGAGACGGCGAUUCUUCCGGGGUCACUUCCAGAACAUGGAUAUGAGAGAGCGAAGCAGAGGACGAAACAUGAUUCGUUAGAUUCUCGAUACAUUGAAAAGCUGGAAAAAUUGCAUUUACGGUAUCCGACGAGCAACGGGCGACAGCCAUCGAAAGUAGCGAGAACACAUCAUGGAAAGGCGGGAUACUUGACGAAGCCGGAGCCAAAGGUGGACGAAAAGAGAAAAGGAAUUCAUGAGAAGGAAGAUGGAGAAGAGGUGGAAGAACCGAUUUCUAAUGGAGAAGAUUAUACGCUGCAGAUGCCGAAGAAGCUGCAAUUGCUAGAAGGACAAAAGCGGUCGCCGGUGAAGCAAUUGGCACGGUUGAAUACAAACAAGUUACGACGUUCAGGCAUGGAUCGACCUACGUAUGGAUGGGAAGAAGAGGGUUUGCCUGGGCAAAUGUUAAAAAAGACAUGGAAUUCCCGAGUGAUGCAAGCAUGA